AUGCCCCGCCGGAAACAUUCGCGGCCAUCCCCUCACAAGGGCCACGGCCCAAACACCCGUUUCGCAAAUCGCCUCUCUCAUCCAAACCCAGCCACACCAACCAAUGGAAAACGUGGGAAGCUCCAAAGACGUCUACUUCUUGGUGAUGAUUUUGCCCUAAAUCCCUGUGAUGAUCCUAGCUCUUUAGGAGGUCAUUCCAGUUUUACAUUACAACAAGAAGCCCGAAACACCGAGGAACGAUAUUACAGGAGAAAUGAUGAUAGGAAGCUUAGACAAUUGGGAAUCACAUUCGUACGCUCUCAGCAACAAAACGACCAAAGCAGCGAACCCAACACCCCUCCUGCGACUAUCCCCAAACAAAAACCCCUUCCCUCAUCAGAAACUACGCCGACAGGGCCCGAAUCUCCCGCCACCGCCACCGCCACCACUGCUACUGCUACUGCUACUGCUACUGCUACUGCUACUGCUACUGCUACUGCUACUAGAAAAUCUCAUCUCGAACCAGUCAAUAACCUUAACAUCCACCCACUUCCCAAUAAUUACGUCGGUAGCUACCUCAAAGCUCAAAAUGAGUUAUCCUCUAGCGAAGAGGAAGUUGUCUUCGUUCCUCGGAAUCAGCGGCGCUCCACAGGAGCCCAACCGAUACCACAAAAGUGCAAAGCUCAGACCACCAUCCCAUCCGCCCCACUCCCAAAAUCAGCUUCAACACCAAGGAAUCCGAAAAUCUCUAAGGAAAUUCCAAAAAAUUCUCGUCAAUCCAAGAGUGAUGGUAACUAUGACGACGAUGACGACGGUAUACUCACCGAUUACAUCCGAAAUAUCGAAGAGAACGGGGAGGAUAUCGAUGACAUAUUUUCUUUGCGGCCUUUAGGAAACUAUCUAGACGACAUCGAUAUAGGAAAUGAAAUCGCCCAUCGAAAGUUUGAUCCAGAGGGCAACGAGCUCGGGAUGUACGUAGAUAUCAACACUGCUGCCAUCAUCGGAAAGCGAAAGGGGAGGUUUGGACCAGAAUACCACUUCAAACCAGCAGGUUCGAUGCUUCAAGAGGCCCUUUGGCUUGAAGGUACGGAUAUGACACACGAUAUUCAACAUCUAAUAGACCACUUUGAAGCCGGGUUGGGAGAUAGUGAUUGUUUCAGCUCGGGACACGAAGAUUCUGAUGCCCGGGCACCUGACGUCCAAGGAGAUGCCGACUCAGACUCUGACAAGGCAUUUCAAUUCGAUGAAGGGGAUGACGAAGAAGAAGAGGAAUUCGAUAUUGAAGAACUUGUCAACAUGAUGUUUGGGAAGUCGAAUAAACAAGGAAAAUUCCCACGUGCAUCCAAACUAGCCGAUGCCUACGAUGAGUUUGAUAUCAUGGAUCGUGAAAGGGUCAGCUUAGCUAACCCUUUCAACCGUAAGUCCCGAAAGGCCAACAUUGGACGAUCCUCGAAUAAGAUUACAAACACGGAAAUGGAUAGCGAUGAAGCUCAAAUUCAGAUUGAACUCGAACAGUAUAUCCUCGCGGAUCGAGAAAAGAAAAAGAUUCGUAAGCAAGAGAGGCAUAUGCGACGACAAACAGGCACGUUGGAUACUUGCAGUACACCCACGAAGUCUGGGUCCAUGGAUAUCAAAGGAUAUCCUGGCGGGGUAACAAUGAGUCAGGUCCGCACAUCUAUUAAACAGUUCUUGAUGAGCGGAGUCGCAGAAAGGCUCUCACUACCACCAAUGCAUAAACAAGAUCGACUAGAGAUUCAUAUUCUAGCCCAUAGUUUCUUCAUGCAAAGUAAAUCACAAGGGAAAGGUAAUAAUCGUUUUCCUGUUCUCUACAAAACCAAGCAAAGCAGGCUUUUUGAAGGGGACGAAAAAGCAAUCGACAUUCUUCUCAGCAAACCAAAUGGUCGGGCCCGACGGGCGGGGUUUGGAAAUAAUCGUGGCAAAGCUAGCCGCCAACCCACAGGUGGAAGUGGCGGUGAUCGAACCAUCCACAAUAGAGAUGGAACUAUCGUAGGAACAGGGGCAGCAGAGCUGAGCCAGGGGAACAAAGGCUACGACAUGCUCGCGAAAAUGGGGUGGACUACGGGAACAGGGCUUGGCAGCAACAGAACUGGGAUUUUAGAUCCUGUUCAGGCGAUUGUCAAGAAUUCUAGGGCUGGGCUAGGGUAA